AUGUCUCAAAGUGGAUCUUCAGCCAGGGACUCUGGCGAAUCUACGUAUCGUCGUCAGGACAGCAUUGGUUCUUACUAUUCAGAAAAAGACAAGGACACUCCCAGGGACAGUCAGUCUGAUGAGCGUCGCAAAUUAUUGGGCAGUCAUGAGUCGAAUCACAAGUCUCAUCACCCGAAGCACCACGCGCCGACGGUAAAUCUCUACACUCAUUGUGGGCGACACACCGACCAGUACCUCUUUGGCGGUUGGUCCAACAUUUUCAAGAAGCAUUAG